CCUGGAGGCGCCCCUGUCACCAUGGCAACAGGCAGCAAUCAAAACAUGAGUAUUUAGAGGUACACACUGGCUCAUAUGCGUUGUUUCUUUUCCAAUGGCUUUGGUUUUCCCAAGUUAUCCAGUAGAAUUUACAUUAACCUUCUCAUACUCAAAAGAUUGAAAGAUGCUGCUAUGCAUAGGACCAGAAGGCACAGGGAAAACACUUCUUCUGAGGAGAAUGCUUAAUCUCAACAAGCCAGAUAUUUCCAUGACAACAGUCCCGACAGUAGGAGUGAACAUAGUAACUCUCCAAGUACCUGAGAUGCUGCCAAUCAACAUACGGGAAUUGGGAGGGAGCAUGGCACCCAUCUGGCAUAACUACUAUAGUGGUGUGAAGAAGCUUAUGUACGUUGUGGAUGUAAGCAACCUGACUCAGCUGGCCAAUGCAACCUUGCUAUUCAUGGAACUUCUGGCCAACCCUAAGCUCAAGACAACACAGGUGGCAGUAGUAAUGAAUAAAACGGACUGCGUCUUGAGUCGUGCCAGCAAUGAAUUGCUGAAUGCGAUGCGCUUUGAUGACCUGAAGGAGUAUGCACCGCAGCAACUCACAACCUUUGAAGUGAGUGCUCUUGCUGGGAAAGGACUGAGACCUCUUCUGGAGUGGGUGAAAGGAACCAAGCCAAAGCCAAAGUAGAGCAGGUGAAUAGAACUGAGUAACUUUCAUUUUGAAAGUUAGGCAAAGAAAUUUGACUAAAAAGCAAAAUGAAAAGGGGCUUGUCAAGUAUGAGUUUGACAGCAGAAUAUCUAAUUACACAAAAUAUUACCUAAUAACUGAUCUCACUACCAUCUACCAUCUGCAAGUUAUUUGAAAUAAAUCUCCUGUACUCAGGAAAUCAUAUAAUUUUAUACAAAUGCAGUUGUAACAACUGGAUUAAUGAAAUAUUCCCUGUCAAAAUACGUAAACUCAUAAAUCAUUUUUUAAUGUCUUACAAAAUGUCCUUAAAGAACUGGUUAAAAACAGAGAUGCUGUUAGGAUCUUACGACAUUGAUGGAUUAAUCCUAGCCAGAAUUUUUUGAAGUUUUCACUUACACUGUUUUGUUGAAGGUAUUUCAGAAUAAAAUAUGAAAUGUGAGACACCAACCUUUAACAAAAGGUUCCAGUUAGGUGCAAUGGCAAGCAAGCUUCUAAAAGAUGAAUAAACCAUUUGGUAUAAUAGCUCAACAGUGAUUAAAAACAAUAUAUUCAGUUCUUGACACUUGACCCACAUUAUAUACUAGACAUGCUUUAUAGGUGCUGACAUUCCACUUGCAAGAUUCUGUAUGACUGGUAAUAUGUGUGUAGUAGAUAUAUCAAGGAAAUUGUUAUAUGCUAAUAAACCUAUAGAGAUGUAGAAAUUAAAAAAUUUAAGUCUAUAAUACAUUAUGAACACGAUAACUGAAGAGAAGAGAAGAAUGAAUCAUGAUACUAAAACGACUGUCUGGAAUAAAAUCCGUCCAUAAUAAAAAUCCUGGUAGUACAUAAAUUAAAAUAAUUGGACUUUAUUUUAUCCAUAUGUGCCUUUUGUAAACAAAUAGUAUCCACAAUAAAGAAUUGAGAA